AUGUCGACACCUAUCCAGCGCACGGUUCUCAUCACAGGUUGUUCUCAAAACGGCCUUGGCUAUGCUCUCGCGGUAGCAUUUCACGAUGCCGGGUUCCGCGUCUUCGCGACGGCUCGAAACCCCAGCCGCAUGUCAGGGUUAGAGGAGCUUGGUAUUGAAUGCCUGAGGCUCGACGUCUGUGACGAGACCUCUAUCCGGGAAUGCGUGGCUCGAGUUCGAAGUCUGACCGCGAAGCCAGAAGGAGACCUGGAGGAAGGGCGUCUUGACUGCCUGGUCAACAACGCGGGUGGAGGUUACAACAUGCCCGUCUCCGACAUUUCAAUCCCCGAAGCCAAGGAGCUCUUCGACGUGAACGUCUGGUCGUACAUAGGCGUCACCCAGGCGUUCCUGCCGCUGCUCAUACACGCGGCCAGAUCGUCACCGGCCCCCAACACGGGCGCAGCAGGCAGCCUGAUCGUCAACAACACGUCGGUGUCGAGCGUGGAGCCGACGCCGCACAAUUCCGUCUACCACGCCUCCAAGGCCGCCGCGGCCAUGUUCAGCACGCACAUGCGUAUCGAGCUGGAGCCUUUCCACGUCCGGGUCGUAGAUCUCAAGACGGGUUGUGUCCAUUCAAAAUUCCACGCGAACCACCAGGGCGGCAAUGCCAGUUUGCCCCCGACGUCGAUAUACUUGCCCGUCAAAGACCAGACGGAACGGGCCAUGCGCAAUGCGUUCCCCCAUCGGGAGGAUCCGGAAAAGUGGGCAAGGGACGUUGUGAGGGACAUUGUGAGGAACUGGGACAGUCCGCCGAAGGAGAUCUGGAGAGGCACUGGGGCAUGGAGGACGUGGUUUGCAAACACCUUCUUCCCGGUUGGGUGGUGGGAUCAAAGCUGGAGAAAUGCAGUGGCCCUGGAUGUUCUAAAGGAAAAGGAAAAGGAAAAGGAAAAGGAAAAGGGAAAGAAAGAUAUAGUCCCAGCUUCUUUCGCGUAG